CUCCAGCAGGCUGCGUGGCGUGUCUUCACUAGGUUACGGCAUGGACCAGCGUUCCUGCUGCUGCUGCUGCCCUGUAAUAGUCGCAGCAUCUUUUUGCUUCUAGCUUUUCUACCGCUGGACUGCUCUCUGAAAUCGCAGGUUAUGCCACCCCAAGGGCUUCCUGGAUCCCCAGCCGUGAAAGAGAAGGGCUGAUCCCAGUCCUUCCCCACGUUCCUGCUGCUUUGCGCCCCAUCUUUCCCUCCUUCCCUAUCCUGCUUAUUCCCCUCUCCUAACCACACUAACCCCACCCGACUCCCACACCCACACCUGACCCUGUCACCCCGGUUAUCCUUUGCCUUCAGGACUAUUCAUCCAGUCACAUCACUCCCCAGAGCAGCUCCAUAGCCAUCGUCUCUGUUUAGCUUUACUCCAGCCACACUAGUCGUCGUCUCUGCAGGCACUCGCCCUUGUCAUAAAGCUAUUUUUCACCCACUGGCUGCACGCCAGGCCCCAUGGCUACAGGAGGUCAUGCCCCAGAAAUAGAUGUGUUGAUCAACCUACAACAGGUGAAGGUGGAGGAGGAAGAUGAUGAAGGAUCAGCGGAGGAACUGGAGGAAGAAGAGGAGGAGAACUGGGAGAAAGCACUGUCAGUGGAGCGCUUUGGAGACAUCAUCAGUGACUCUGCUUCCACCAGCGGAGACAGGAUGGGCCGAAACUACACAGAGAAAGACUUUGAAUAUCACAGACACACAUUUCACCAUACGCACCACCCCUUAUCCACCCACCUGCCCUUGCCAACGCGUUUGCGCAAGAGGGUGCACAGCGCGGACAGAAGGCGCAAAAAGAAACGGAAGAAAAAAAAGACUUCUCUGCCCCCCUCCGAUGUUACACCCACCAUCCACGAGGUAGACGAGGAAGAGGCGGAGUCUGAGACGGACGGACAGGGAGUGGCUGCCACACCCACAGAGCUGCCUGACAUCCAACCACAGUUUAGUUUGGGGAGCCAAGAGGACUUGGAGGAACCCCUUCCACUCACUACCUUCCACACGGAAAACGAAGAGCAUCCAUUGUCGAGGAACGCUGCACCCACUCUGAUAAAGGGGGAGGAUCAUAAUGGGGGAAUUGCUGUUCUUGGACAGAAUGAGGAGGUGCCUGGAGAGGAAGCUGCUUCUGACAGUCUUCCCCCAGCAUCAGACCCCUCAGGUUCAGCCACGACCCGCGGCUGGUUCCGUAGGAAGCCAGUCCACCAUCGCCUGGUGGGCGCCCAGCGGAGCAACUAUGACCUGCGGGAGCGGAUCUGCAUCGGCAGCAUGACCGCUCUGGAGACGGCUGUCUACCAGCAGGUGCCUACAGAUGAAGCUGAGGCCCAGAUGUUGGCCAGCGCCGACCUGGACGACAUGAAGAGUCACAGAUUUGAGGACAACCCCGGGGUGAGACGCCACCUGGUGAAGAAGUCGUCGCGAUGUCAGAUGACCCGAGCCAGCAACAGCUCCACGCCGCUCAGCAGCUUGAAGAAGAAGAAGAGAGCAGCGGAUAAGAAAACCCAUGAGUUGUUUGUGGAGCUGAAUGAGCUGAUUGUGGAGAAGGACCAUGAAAUGCGUUGGAAGGAGCGGGCCCGCUGGAUCAAGUUUGAGGAGGACGUGGAGGAGGAGACGGACCGCUGGGGCAAACCUCAUGUGGCCUCGCUCUCUUUCCGCAGCUUGCUGGAGCUUCGCCGCACCAUCACGCAGGGUGCCAUCCUUCUGGACCUGGAGCAGAACUCUCUGCCUGGCAUCGCCCAUCUGGUGGUGGAGACGAUGAUCAUCUCAGAUCAGAUCAGAGCUGAGGACAGACCCAGUGUCCUCCGGGCUCUGCUUCUCAAACACAGCCAUCCAAGUGAUCUGAAACAUCGUUUUCACCGCCACCACUCGUCCAGCAGUCUUCAUGGCAGCUUCAAUCACAACAAUGUCCAGGACAGUAACCUGCCACUGGUGGCUGAAGAGCAGGAGGAGCAUCCGGAUAACAAAGGGCCGGUGUACGACCCAAAACAAGAUGUGUUUGUCAGCCUUUUUAAAUCUCUCCACCCUCUGCCUCCUGAGAGCCAUCCAGCUGCAGCCAGAUCGAUGAAACUCCUCGCCAAGAUUCCCAAAGAUGCCGAAGCUGUCAUUGUUUUAGUCGGCUCUGUUGAGUUUCUGGAGCAGCCGGCAAUGGCCUUUGUCAGGUUGAAUGAAGCAGUGCUGCUGGAGUCCGUCCUGGAGGUCCCCGUCCCUGUCCGCUUUAUUUUUGUCCUGCUUGGUCCCAGUCAGGCCAACGUGGACUAUCAUGAAAUUGGACGCUCUUUCUCCACUCUCAUGUCUGACAAGAACUUCCACGAGGUGGCCUAUUUUGCUGACGACAGACAAGACCUCCUGAAUGGUAUCAAUGAAUUCUUGGACUGCAGCAUCGUUAUUCCACCCUCAGACGUGGAGGGCAAAGACCUCCUGAAGACAGUGGCCGACUUCCAAAAGCAGAUGCUGCGCAAGAGGAAGGAAAGAGAGCUCAAGAGGCACCAGUCGUCAUCUGGAAUGGAGCUGAACAACAAAGAGGUGAGUCCAGAGGAGGAGGAGGAGGGAGACCAGGAGGUGGACCCACUGAAGCGCUCGGGGAUCCCCUUCGGAGGCCUGAUCCACGACAUCCGCCGCCGCUACCCACAAUACAUCAGCGACUUAAAAGAUGCCGUGGACAUGCAGUGCGUCGCUGCUGUCAUCUUCAUCUAUUUUGCUGCACUGUCGCCCACCAUUACCUUCGGAGGCCUGCUCGGAGAGAAAACAGAGGGCAUGAUGGGAGUGACUGAGCUUAUUGUGUCAACUGCAACACUUGGAGUUAUAUUCUCGCUUCUUGGCGGUCAGCCGCUCCUCAUCAUAGGCUUCUCAGGACCCUUACUGGUGUUUGAAGAAGCCUACUACAAGUUCUGUCAGGCUCACAACUUUGAGUACCUGACAGGUCGCGUUUGGAUCGGUUUCUGGCUCAUCUUUAUUGUGCUGGUGAUGGUGGCAGCAGAGGGCAGCUUCCUCGUUCGCUACAUCUCACCCUUUACCCAGGAGAUUUUUGCUUUCCUCAUCUCCCUGAUCUUCAUCUAUGAGACGUUCUCCAAGCUCUUCAAGGUGUUUAAGGAACACCCACUGAUGGCAAUGUACUCCAGUGACUUCAACCCAGCCACUGGGCUUGCUGAAGUUGAUGGUCCUGUCUUCAACCAACCCAACACUGCUCUUCUGUCUCUGGUCCUCAUGAUGGGCACUUUCUUUGUUGCUUUCUUCCUCAGGAAAUUCCGAAACAGUCGCUUUUUAGGUGGCAAGGCCAGAAGAAUCAUCGGUGACUUUGGCAUCCCCAUCUCAAUUUUAGUUUCAGUGUUAGUGGAUUACUCCAUUACUGACACUUACACACAGAAACUCAAUGUGCCGUCGGGCUUCUCAGUCACCUCCCCUGAUAAGAGAGGCUGGUUCAUCAGUCCCUUCGGUGACAAACACCCCUUCCCCACCUGGAUGAUGGGAGCUUCUAUUGUACCUGCCAUUCUCGUCUUCAUCCUCAUCUUCAUGGAAACUCAGAUCACUUCAUUGAUAGUCAGUAAGAAGGAGCGCCGCCUGGUCAAAGGUUCGGGCUUCCACCUGGAUCUUCUGCUCAUCGUCAUCCUGGGAGCCAUCUGUCCUCUUUUCGGCCUGCCGUGGCUCACCGCCGCCACCGUGCGCUCCGUCACUCACGUCAACGCCCUCACCGUCAUGAGCAAAGCAACGGCCCCCGGCGAGAAGCCCAUGAUCCAGGAGGUGAAGGAGCAGAGGCUGACUGGGCUUCUUGUAGCUGUGCUUGUUGGUAUGUCCAUAGUGAUGACGGACAUUCUCCGCCUCAUCCCUCUGGCUGUACUCUUUGGCAUCUUCCUGUACAUGGGGGUCACCUCUCUGACAGGCAUCCAACUGUAUGAACGCAUCACACUCAUGUGCACGCCCGCCAAGCAUCACCCAGACCACAUCUACGUCACCAAGGUGAAGACAUGGCGUAUGAACAUGUUCACCAUCAUCCAGCUGGCGUGCAUCGUGGCUCUGUGGGUAGUGAAGUCUACCGUGGCCUCCCUGGCGUUCCCCUUCGUCCUCAUCAUGACGGUCCCGCUGCGCCGCCUUAUUCUUGCCAGGAUUUUCGAGGAACGUGAGCUACAGGCGCUGGAUUGUGACGAGGAUUCUCCCAACUUUGAUGAAGAUGGACGAGAUGAAUACAAUGAGAUCCACAUGCUUGUAUAAAUUUAAAUUGGACCCAGCCAGUAGGAAUUCCUCCGCCCUCUAGCUCUGACCAAUCGGAGCUUCUUUGGAAUCCUCAGUUUCUCUGAGUAGUGGUGAGAGGAGCAACGUAAAGGUGUUUGUAAAAUAUCCAAAAGCUAUAGCUGGAUAAUCUCUUCUUACCUUUGUUUAUUCCAGUUUUUUAAAGCACACAAACAUUAGAUUUCUGGUAGUGGUGGUGGUGUUAUGUUUAACUCCCUGAGGCCAGAAAAUAGCCCUGAGCACCCUACCUGAAGUGGACAAUGCAAAAACUUACAUGAACACUUUAUCCAACUUUUUUAUCCUAUGUAUCCCUUUAAUUACUCUGCAGGUUCUGGGCAUAAGUGCAAUGAUGAUGGAGACCUCGACAGCAGGCUGGAGCAUUUAGACUUAUUUUUGUCCCAAACACGGGAAAUAGGGUCAAUUUGCUUUCAUUUCAUUUCAUUCAGGAAGCGGAUUUCCAUCAAAAUUCAUAAUUAUUCUGGUGAAUUGACCCUGGAUCUCAAAGCCCUGAAUUCCACUGCCUGUGUAGUUUAGCUGCCUUUUCCUUUAUACUACUGCCAUUGCCUUUAGGUUGCAAUGAUGUGCAAACAAGGAGUUAAGUAGUCCUUUUCCUUUCUGUACAGACUUUUAGUAAUGAGCACUUUGACUGGGCAAAAGUUCACUUUUGGCGCUGCCAACCGAGCUCCCUGGCACAAAGCCCCCUCUCUAAGUGUAGUCUCCCCUUGAAGCCAAAAUCUCCACAGAGACUGUGCAAGCCUCUUCAGGGGGUGUUACUGUACUUUGUUAGGUGUUUAAUGCCCAACAUACCAGUCCACUGACCCUGUUAUUGUGACCUUGGAUGUAUGAGUAAAUAGCUAACAUGGUCUAAACCUUAUUUUUCUACUGUGUUGUAUCUAUUUAUUUUGUGACCUUUGGAUUUAAUGCCAUGCCAGAUUCUCAGUGAUGUUAAGACUAUAUAAAAUAGCUCAAACUGCUAGUUAGUAUUAAAUAAAAAGAAGAUUGUGUAGGUUGACACAUUCAGUCAUUAUUCAUCUGUUCUUUCAUCUUCUCUGCUAUAUUUCCAUGGUGUGGUGCAUUUUUCAGAGAUGUCAUGAAUUAUAUAAUAACACACUUGACUGGAAAAGCAUAGAAACUAAGCAAACACACACGUGCUGAAAACGCUGGGGAACAGUUGAGUGUUGGCAGAAUGUAUGAAUGAUGCAUUGUACAGUAAGACUGUGAGCUUGGAAUUAUAAUGUACCAUCUGUGUUCAGAGUUGUUUUGAAAUACCCAGAGAUUUAGCUUUCACCUCUUAUAUUGCGAGCCCACUAUAGAAUUUUAAUAAACAUUCAGUUAUGACACCUCUGAUCAGAAACCUUACUUCUGCCACACAGAAACACUAGUUGUUAGAGCUACUAUACAUAGAGAUUAAACAUAAUUUCUUUAGAGACUUAAUUAUUCAACAACAAAGCUGUGCACAUAUUUGGUUUGUGUUUCUAUUAUUUAGGAAGAAGAGGAACAAAAUUGAUGAGAAAAGUUCAAUGAGUUACGCCUCGUUUCCACAUAGCUCUUUGUGUGUGUGCUAGUUAACCGAAAUCCAUCAUCAUUCCUAUGAGAACCUCUGU